GUUGCUGUUUCUCGCUAUCCUUACGAGUCUUCAAAGAAUGUUUGGAGGGCAUUUUGUGAAUUAUGGGGCCCUUUGUCCAACACAUUGCAUUUUGCCGAUGGUGAGAUGAGCAUUUCUUUAUCUGACUUGCAAGCUAUCGGAGGUCUGCCUAUUUCUGGUGUUCCGUAUGAAGAAUUUCUUCCGACUAACAAGGAUUUGCGGAAUAAAGAUUUAUAUCCUCCCACAGUCCUGGAGCUUUUACAGAUACAUUCUGCAUUGUGUAUCGAGUAUGGGUACGAUGCCAUUUACUGGGAUCAAUGGCUUACCCAUUUUUUCCGAGGGGAACUCAUAUAUGCUUCACCUGGUGAAGGCAAGGCAGUGCUGCCGAAGCCAAGGACCCCUAGACUACCAUUGAGAAUUUCUGAGGAAGGGAAGCUUGCUGCUUUUCUUGUAUUUUGGUUGUGCAGGUUUGUCUUACCCGCAUGGGAUAAAACAAUAAGGCCAGAGGCAUUUCAUAUGGCAUGUUUGAUGGCAAAAGGAGUUAAAGUUUCCAUUGCACCAACAACAUUAGGAUAUAUUUAUCACCGUCUUGGAGAAAUUGCUUCUUAUCCGGUAGGGGAUGUCCCCCCCAAAGUGUGCUUACCCAUACAUUAUGUACUUUGCUGGCUCGGGGAAUAUUUUCCACAGUUGUGUAAACGACGAGCGGACAGUGAGUUUCCAGCAGAUUAUCCGCGUCUAGCGAGGUAUGCUUAUGUUGCAAGCAAAGAUUUGUCCAUUACUUGUGCCAGAAUGGUCUUUCGGGAUAACAAGUCUGUAAUCUAUCGUCCCCAUGCUUUUCUCGAAACUGAGGGCUGUUUUUUGUUAGACGAUGAGACUCUGUCAGACGAGAGAUUUGAGUUUCUUUUUGGCCUACGCUCUGCAUGCCUUCCUGUGAGAGUUGAUGGUCAGCUUAUUUUAGAGCCGUAUUAUCCCAACAGAUUUGCACGUCAAUUCGGCUAUGAUCAGAGUGUUCCCUCUAACCGCCUCUCUUUUAGUGUGUCGAAGAGGAAGCAGUGUUUUGUUGAAGAUUUAGCGAGAGCCCAAUCUAUUCUUUACAGGAGGAAUACAACAGCUCAAAUUUAUAUCCCGAGAUCGACACGUGAAGGAGAAUGCACUUGGUGGUACUGCAAGUGGUGGUUGAAAGCUUGUAUACCUUAUUUAGGGCUUUCCGUAUCGAAGACUUUCAAGACUUUCACUCAGAAAUCUCCUGAGCCUGAUCAUCGUGUCUUUAUAGUGAACAAACUUGCUGAAGUUUCUGCGGAUUUGAGAAAAGAAGUUCAGAUUUCAUCUUUACCAAGGCCAGAGAGUCAGAAUUCUCAAACGAGCCUUAGCAAGGUUGGGCCAAAUGGUGAUAACCGUAUCAGUAGUAAGCACAUUAACCAUGAGAAGGUGGCGACCCAUAAAGGGACAGUAUCCAGAGAGGUGAGUCUUCCCCAGACAGGAUCUGGCACUCAAGAUGCUCAAAAGGCACUCAAGAGGAAACCUGACAGUUUACAUCCUUCUAAUCCUUCAGCAGCUGUUCGAAAUGUCCAACAAACAGAAAGUGGAUUUAGCUCUAAUACUGAUCCUUCUAGGGCAGAGAUUGUAGCUCGAACUUCUAAAAGGCAACCUGUAGAGCGUCAGAGCAACGGGCGUCCCCAAAGGGCUUAA